ACAGAGGCCUGGGCUGCGUCCGGCCCGCGGGUUGGGUGGCGGGCCCUCCGGGGUGUGGCCGCCGCGGGCCCCGCCUCCGCGGGCGGCUCCGGCUCCGUGGUCUCCACUCGUCCCCGCUCCGGCCCGCUGCGCACCGCCGCCCGCCCGCCCGCCCGCUUCUCGGACCAUGGCCAACACGGAGCGCACCUUCAUCGCCAUCAAGCCCGAUGGCGUGCAGCGCGGCCUGGUGGGCGACAUCGUCAAGCGCUUCGAGCAGAAGGGGUUCCGCCUCGUGGCCAUGAAGUUCCUGCGGGCCUCGGAGGACCUCCUGAAGCAGCACUACAUUGACCUGAAAGACCGCCCCUUCUACCCGGGGCUGGUGAAGUACAUGAACUCGGGGCCCGUGGUGGCCAUGGUCUGGGAGGGGCUGAAUGUGGUGAAGACAGGGAGAAUGAUGCUUGGGGAGACCAAUCCAGCAGAUUCUAAGCCAGGCACCAUUCGUGGAGACUUUUGCAUUCAAGUUGGCAGGAACAUCAUUCAUGGCAGUGAUUCAGUAAAAAGUGCUGAGAGAGAAAUCAGCCUGUGGUUUAAGCCUGAAGAACUGGUCGACUACAAGUCUUGUGCUUUUGACUGGAUCUAUGAGUAAGAGGUGGACAAAGCGUCAGUCCCCUUGGCUCCACUUGAUGUGUCCGGGACACAGCUCUUCAUUCCAUUGACCUGGAAGCAAAAGGAUCCAUCUUUUCUAAAGCAUAUUUACCACCAAUAAAGCCUUUGGGAACGGG